UGCUGCGUUUCGCUGCUGCUGAAAGCCCACAGACCACAGACAUGCACAACCACACACAAACUCACAGACACACAAUGAGUGUGUCUAUGUCAGGGAUGCAGACAGCCAUAUAUAUAGACCCACAGGUCAACAGAGAGUAUCAGUGAUUAGACAACACAUCAUCACACUCUUAACUUUCUCAGCCUUCCUCUGAGGACGAUCUUUUUCGCAGUACAAUCUACAGUAGUGUGUGUUGAACUUAGUGGUCCAAUAUGUCUUCGUACUGUGGUUCAGUGUGUCUACUGGUCUUACUGGGAGCUGUGCUGGCAUUUGGGAGUCCUGUCCAUUUCAUCUCUGAGAACCUGAGACAAACCCACGGGUCCAUCGCAGAUGUGCUGAAGCUGACAAAGCCGGCGAUCGGCAGGGAUCCUCUCUUCAGCUCUGUCAUCAGGAGCAUCAACACCUCCUGCCAGAGAAAAGAAGAACUGCAGCUGAUGAAUGUCACUCUGGACAUCUACACGCGUAUCUUCUCCAGCAUCCUGCAGCACAACCAGCACCAUGACAACGCCUUGACCCCGGCUCUGCUGGCCAACCUGCCCGCCGCCGAAAUGGCUCACGUGGAGUCGAAUCUGUCGAAGCUCAAGCAGGAGAUGGAGACGCUGAAGAGCAAACUGGGCCACCUGAAACACGACAAAGAGGACGUGCUCAGCAAGCUGAGCAAAAUAGAUGUGGACGAUCCCGAGGUUCAGAAAAAGGCUCUGGCUCAGUACAAAGAGAUCUACCAGGCGGCUUCUGUGAUUGCCACCCGCAGAUGUGGACCCACCCACUCCUCUUCUGCUGAAUGAUGCUGACGGCGAAACAUCACAAUUAUCAAUAGCUCUGCAAAAAAGAGGUGCUGGGAAUUGGUUUCCAUUACAACUAAUCCUCUCUCAUUAGCAUAAUCUAAUUUUGUUGUUUGUUUAUCUUCAUUUCGAAAUGUAGCUUUUGUUUUUCGUAUUUUGUGUUUUUAUUUAUAACUGAGUUAAGCUGUGUGACGUUUCCACGUCGACACCUUCCAUGUUCAGUCACACUUUUACAGUCAUGUUAUUGUUAUUUAAGGGGUUACUUUAGGUCAUUUCUCAAUCCAGUCACUUAACUGAGUUAUAUUUAUUUUUGUCAUAAUUUAAUGUAUUUUAUUUAUGAUUAAUUUAACAUAAAUUAUUUUUCUUGUUGUCAGUUUGUUUGAAUAAAAAUAGAAAUCAGCACCAAAUAAAAGCUUAAU